GAUUAAAUUUUUACCUUUUCUGUAAGCUAGUUACUGUCGAAAAUUAUCAGAGGUCUCCGUAUUUGCGCAUGUUCUGUUACGUCAGUUAUCAGUUUUUCAGAUUUGAGGUUAAAUACACCAAAAUAUUUAUUUCCUAAAAUUACGAAAUGGACGAGAAUAAAAGUCCGGAAGAAUUAAAAGAGCUGGGCAAUAACGCUGUGAAAGAAAAUAAAUUUGAAGAAGCAAUUUUAUAUUAUACGUAUGCUAUCAAACAAGAUGCUUCAAAUUAUGCCUUAUAUAGCAACCGGUCUUUAGCAUUUUUGAAAGUUAAACAAUAUUUUUUUGCCCUUGAUGAUGCUACUGAAACAAUUCGUUUAAAUCCUACGUGGCCAAAGGGCUAUUUUCGAAAAGGUGAAGUGGAAUUUAUAACUGGUCGAUAUGUUGAUGCUUAUGAAUCUUAUGCCAAAGCACUGGAAUUAAAACCAGAUGACUUGAAUGUAAGAGCUGCACUAAAUAGAGCCAAAAGACAUAUAGCCAAAGAAAGAAAGGCUGAUGAAACAAUUCCCUGGCUUGGAGCUGGAAUAGGAAUUAUCCUCGGAGUCAUAAUUGUUAUAGCAGAUUGUUUGUUUACCUAUAAACCCACACAUCCAAUGUUAAUGGCAUUUAUCACAAUAAUUAUUGCCAUGGUAGGAUAUGCAGUAGCCAAAUGCUAUAGAUAUUAUAUAAAAUCACAAAGAAAAAGUUUAUUGGAUCCCCCAAUUGAUUUAAUGCCAGAUCAAGAUGUUGGGGAAGAAAAUCAUGAAACUAGAACACACUCUCCCAGAUAUAGUAAAUCUCAGGCUAGACAACGAUAUCGCAAGGGAAAAUUAUAGAUAUUAUAUUAUCUAGUAUUUGCAUAAAAAUACUUUUUUCACAUUUUUAAUAAGUAACCAAAUCAUUGAAGGUAAUGGGACUUUGGUAUUCAAAUCAUCUGUUUUGAAAAAGUAAUUAAAAGGUUUGAUAAAAUUUUCUGAUAAAACUUAUUAAGCCUUAAAUUUAGGUAUUUGAUAUAAAUCGUCGUGAUUUUUAUUACUGACCAUGAUAUAGAAAUAACUAGGACAUAGUUAACAUUUUAUAUAAAAUAUAUUUAAACUCCUAAAAUAUUACAAACUAGGAAAUAAAUUGACAUAAAAGAUUUGAAAAUUUUCAUAAAAACAUUAAUAACAAUAUUUUUUUCAUAUUUACUAAUAAACGUGAUUCACUCACAUGUGUUACUCACUCAUUACAUCCUUACUGUGUGUUGUAUGAGUAAUAUCUGCAAAUUAAUUUUAAUACAUGGACCAAUAUUAAUAAAUUUUAAGAAUAACUUAAUAUUUUGAUUUACUUUUUGUUAAUGAUUUUGUUACAUAAUAACAACAUCGUUGGACUAAACAUUCGUAUAUUUAUCCGCAUUUAUACCAAAUGUACAAUUUAGGUAGUUUGAGUAAUUAUUAAAAUUUUUGGGGCGUGCAAUAUUUUAUCGAUUUAAUUUACUGAUUAAUUAUUAGUAUAAUAUGUCAAGAAAGUAAAGCAUUUUUUAAAUAUAAAUUUACACAUAUGCAUUGUGACCUAUUAUUUAGCAAUUUUAGAUCAUUCCAAGUAGAGUAAAUCUAAACUACCUUAGGAUUGAAAACUGUAUGUUAAAUUAAUAAAGAAAUACGAUUUUUUCAUAAUAAUUGCUCAAUUUUGAAAAUGAUUAAACCAAAUACUGGUGGAAUAUUUUAUGUCAAUUUGUUUCCUGAUUGGAUAUGUGAAUAUAUUAUAUGCUAGUCACUUAAUUUUCUAAAUUGUAUUGUAUAAUUAAUUAUUAAAAUAAAUACGGAUACAGAAAAAA